AUGUCAUAUGCAAGUCAACUUCUAUGCACCACUAUCCAAGCACCUUUACAAAGAUUGCCAUUAUUUUAUUGUGAGCUCCUCCAGUGUUGGAAAUCUGUAGAUACAGUGCGUAAAUUCAAUGAUAAUAACGUAACUGAUAUUCUUAAUGAGCCACUGUUUAACAACCCAUUCAUCAUACAUCCCAUAAGAAAUGAGCCUUUUGCGCUCAGACACUUUGUUGACGCGGGAAUAACCAAAGAAUGUGAUUUGGUAUCAGAAACGAAUAAAACUUGGUUGGAGGCCGCUGAUGUGUCGAAUAAAAUUAAAAUCCAUUCGGAGCGUAUUCUCCAUCUCAGUAUCAAGGUCAUUCACGAUUCUAUUCCUACCAAAUGGAAAGAUACUAUCAACACCUACUUCAAAGGGAACGGGAAGUGCAGUUACAUUCAAUGUGACUUUCAGAAUGGGUUUUGUGAUUGGACACAAGUGGAUAACGGCAUCGAUGAGAUGGAUUGGUUUCGUAAAUUUGGCUAUGGUUUAAUUCCUGAAAAUCCUCGCUAUGACCACACACAUGCUAUUGCAUCAGUCACAGCAAAUACAUGUGAUUUUGAGAAUAGCCAAUGCGGGUGGUAUGAAGAUACCAUUGGCGAUGGUUGUGAUUGGGUCAGAUUACAAGGUAGCACUGAAUUAGCUCCCAGAUAUGUUGGCGGAUUCAACAACACUGAUGGGCAUUAUAUGUACCUUAGGAAAUCCGUUAUGAAUUCCGGGAGACCGAAUAAUUAUUCAUGGACGGCUAGUUUAAUGAGUCCUGUGUUUUCUGCUGCUGCAUCUGAUUGCAAAGUAAACUUUUGGCUGCACAGUUCUGCCAGAAAUAUAAAAAAACCGUCAAUCGUGCAAGGUGAUACAACUACGACCUUCUGGCUGCCCCGUGAUACAGAUGAUCAAUGGGAAAAUAUUACAGUAGGAAUCGGAAAGCAAACCACUCCUUGGCAGGUCGGGUUCGUAAUGGAUGGCUGUACUUCAAACAUCGAAGGAACGGCAAUCGAUGACGUUGAAUUUGUGGAUUGUGAGUGGCCAGAUUCUACUCAAUCGUGUGACACUGGUAGUCAUUUUUGGUGUAGAAAUGGUGCUUGCAUUGACAAGGAUUUAGUGUGUGAUCUUGUAAACAAUUGCGGAGAUAACUCAGAUGAAAUGAACUGUGGCAGUUACAUUCAAUGUGACUUUCAGAAUGGGUUUUGUGAUUGGAUACAAGUUGAUAACGGCAUCGACGAGAUGGAUUGGGUCCGUAAAUUUGGCUAUGACAAGUAUGAUUCAAUUGCUUCAGAUCCUCGCUAUGACCACACACAUGCUAUUGCAUCAGGUUAUUAUGCAUCAAUUGAGGCUAUGGCCAAUCAAUAUGGUUACAGAGCUCAGCUCAUCAGUCCAGUUUUGCAAAGCACAACGUCUGGGUUAUGCAAGAUGCGUUUUUACUAUUACAUGUUUAACCGCCAUUUUGGUCAUCUGAAUAUAUAUACUCGCAUCUAUAACGGAGAAACACAGGGACAAACUCGUGUAUGGCAGAAGAAUGGAUAUAAUGGACCAUUCUGGGACAAAGGCAAAAUUGUUUUUGAUGUCGCUGUCGAUUUCCAGGUUGUUAUUGAAGCAACAACAGGUGACGUUAGAAAUGGAAACAUAGCUAUUGAUGAUGUAACAUUCACUGCUACCUGUGUUUUUAGUUCUAUUGGCGAAUUGCCCAACGCACCAAGAAAAUCGCCUCCACCAAUUCGUUCACCAAUGACAUUCCACCCUUCGUGCAAUGACAACGAGUUCUACUGUACAUUGGAUAACGAAUGCAUUGCUCCAGAACUGGUGUGCAACUUCCGUGAUGACUGUUUGAAUGGUGAAGAGGAAGCAACUCGCUGUAUGCAGUACAGCUGUGAUUUCGAAAGUGGUGCAUGUGGAUGGAAUGGCGUGUUUGCCUCGCCGCGUGAAUUGCACGAGAUUCCACAAUUUCGAUGGGAAAUACAACAAGGUCGUUCAGCUGAGGAUUUUCGGCCACAUGUUGACCAUACAACGACAACUCCCGAUGGUUUUUACAUAUUCGCUGACAACUCCCCCGGAGAAAGAAACACAAAAACACAAAUAACAACACCAGUGAUUGGACAGUCUGGUCCCAAUUGCCAUCUGGAAUUCUGGUACCAUGUGGGUAGUAGCACUUCUGGUUUACUGAAAGUAUUCACAAUUUAUGAAAGUGAAAUGAACCUGAAAUUUGUAUUAAUUGACGUAGUCUCCAAUGAAUGGCAACGCGCAUUGGUCUUCAUAGGAAUCGGAGAACGCUUUCAGGUGGCCAUACAAGCUACUCGUGGUUAUUACGUGUUAUAUGAUAUAUGUAUAGAUGAUGUGGUAUUUAUAGACUGUGCACCGCCAGUUGUAAUUAACAGAGUGUGCACAGAGGAAGAAUUCCGCUGUUCUGAUGGGUACUGUAUUGACAAAAAGAAAGUGUGUAAUUUUGUAGAUGACUGUAUGGACUCCUCAGAUGAACAACAUUGCGGUGCUUUAGUCGGUAGAUGUGAUUUUGAACUAGACCUUUGUGAUUGGGAACAAGAAUAUGACCAAGAAUAUAAAUGGUUAUUCGCUCGUGGAACUGAGCUUGACCACACCUUUAGAACAGUUGAUGGCCAGUAUUUAAAUGCGAGAUGGAAUCAUCAAUACGGAGCACGACUUGCCAGUCCAUCAAUCAAAGGAACAAGCAUUGGAUGUAGAGUUACUUUUUGGUAUCGUAUGUAUGGAAAGUCUAUUAUCUCAUUGUUGGUGUUACUGCGGACAUCUUACCUCGAUGGCGAUAGCAGUUUGCAAAUGUUACACAAUGAAACUGGAGACAAAAUUUAUUACUGGUGGCCGCUAGAUCUAACUAUUGAUAGUCGAGGCAAAGACUUUAAGAUUGUUAUAGAAGGAAUGGGCCGCCAUGGAUAUGACGGUUACGUCGCGAUAGAUGAUGUCAGCUUCAGUUCGGAAUGCAUCGGUGGUGGAUUGUUGCCUGGUGAAACGUCACCUAUGGUUCCCAACCAUUCGUAUUGUGAUGAAGAUAAUAGAAUGUUAUCUUGUCAAGAUGGAUCAGGGUGUUUUUAUACUUGGCGAAGGUGUAAUUUUAUUCAAGACUGCACAGACAACUCGGAUGAAUCAAGCUGUGGAACAUCCUGUGACUUCGAGUCUGGUACAUGUGGUUGGCAUAACUCAACUACGCAUGGCUGGGUAAUUAUGCAUGGUCGACCACCCAAUCUUUUUCACGGACAAGUUAUUGAUGGCACAAUUGGAGAUGAUCUGGGUCAUUACAUGUUUGUGGUAUCGAGUAACUAUGAAAACAGAGAUUUACGAACACUACCAUACCAACACAGCCAUGAAAAUUGUCAAUUAUCCUUUCGAUACUACAUUUAUGGACAUCGUCAAGGAAGUCUAUCUAUCAGAAUCAAAUAUAGAAACCAUCAAUCAAAACGACUUUGGCAUGCCACAGACAAUCAAGGAAAUGGGUGGUAUAAUGGGGUUGCCAUAAUCGGUCGUCAGGAAGAGUUCUCCAUUUUCAUCGAAUGUGAACGUAAUUUCGGAUAUAUAAGUGGAAUCGCCAUUGACGAUUUACAAUUUAACAAUUGCUCUGAUACAAACUACACCAGGCCAUGUGAUAAUGCUAAUGAGUUUCAGUGUUCAAACGAAAGUCGAUGUUUAUUACUUGACAGAUACUGUGACUAUAGACCCGAUUGUGAUGAUUGGUCUGACGAAGAUAACUGUGUUGCGAAAGAUGGUGAUUGUCAUUUUGAUGAAUACAAGCCGUACUGUGAUUAUAGACAGCUGAAUGAUGACAAUUUCAACUGGACAGCAGGUUUUGAGACGCCAAGUAAUAAUAGCGGUCCUGAUUAUGACCACACUGCAGCUAUCACUACGCAUAAACACAGUCUAUUUCUAUACAUCAAGAGUAGUGAGCAAAAUACUGGAGAUAUUGCUCGCAUAGCUACAAAUACAACGUUUCCAGCAAGCAAUGAUGUAUGUGCCAUCAGGUUUUGGUAUCACAUGUAUUCGAAAAGUCAGGUGUCUAGAAUGGGUAGCCUAAGGAUAUACACAGAAUCGAUUACGGAACAAAGUCAACGUCUAUUGAUGUGGCAGUACAGUGGUAAUUUGGGAAAACACUGGAACUAUGCUAAAGUGGUCAUUGGUAAUCCAUUCAGAUAUAGAGUCGUUUUUGAGGCUAUUGUGGGUGAUCCGGAUUUUUCCGAUAUAGCCAUUGACGACGUAACAUUUACACAGUCGUGCCUAAACUCAGAUAUUAAUGUUCCAGAGCCAUGUCUGCGUAAUCAAAUAUAUUGCCCAGGUGACCAAAUAUGUGUUGAUAUAUCCUGGUUGAAUGACGGGGAUGUUGAUUGUCCAGCUGAUUGUUAUGACGAAGAAGAAUUUAGAUUCAACUGUAACCGUUAUGGCACAGUAAUCGCAGGUACCGGACUGGCAGCAUUUGUAAUUUUUGUGUCAGUGAUCGCUGUGGUAGCAUACAGUUUGAGAAUCAAGGGUGGAAAUAAUUCUCCUGCACAUGUCGCUGUUUCUAAUGAGAUAUGUAUAUCAACGAAUUUAGGUAUGAAGAGUUAA